AUGGAGAAAGUUAAAAAUGAGAUUGAUGAACAAGAAGGGCAAAAUCCAUCCAAGGAUGUUGAAGUGGCAGAUGUGGAAGGAAAUGGAGAAGCAAAGAAAGAGGAUGCGCACCAAAAAGACGUGGUGGUGAUUCAUGAGAAUACAAAGAAUGAAGCUGAAGCAGUAUUGGAAGAGCAGGAAAAUGAAGGUGAAAGAAGCAACGUUUCAUCAUCUCCUGUAGUUGAGAAGAAUUCUUCAUUCGGGGAAGAGGUCAACUUGCUCUCUCAUUUGAAAGUGCCUGAGAAGAAGGCAUGGGCCAAGCUGAAAACGAAGAUUGAGGACGCCAUCCGCGGGAAGAUGGUGGCUCAUGAGAAUUAUCCAAAGAAUGCUGGUGACAUAGUACCGGAGAAGAAAGUUGAAGCUGAAAAAAGAGAUGGUUCACCACCUCCUACAUUUGUGAAGAAUUCUUCCUUCAGGGAAGAGAGCAACUCCCUUUCUGAUUUGAAAGAGUACGAGAAGAAGGCAUUGGCCGAGCUGAGAGCCACGGUUGAGGAAGCGAUUCAUGGGAAUAAUUUGCUCAAGGGAAAGAAAGAGCAAGCGAAUAUUGAAAAACCAUUAGAAGAGAGUGAAAAGAAAGGAGAAACUGAAGAAAAGAAGAAACUCAUAGAAGAAGUGACUAUUGAUGAAGUAGAAAAGGACAUUGCCCUGUGGGGGGUUCAAUUACUGCCUAGUAAAGGAGAUAAUGCCACUGAUGAAAUACUAUUGAAGUUCUUGAGGGCUAGAGAGUUCAAUCCCAAUGAAGCGUUUGAAAUGUUAAGGAAUGCCCUUCAAUGGAGGAAGGAAAACAACAUCGAUUCGAUCUUGAACGAGAAUUUUGAUGCUCAUCUUGAUUCAAUAGGUUACAUGAAUGGCGUGGACCGCCAAGGCCACCCGGUAUGCUACAACAACUUUGGCUUGUUUGGGGAAGAUGAGAUGUAUAACAACAUACUUGGGACUGAAGAGAAGCGAGAGAAGUUUUUGAGGUGGAGGGUUCAACUGAUGGAGAGGGGGAUUCAAAAGAUCGAUUUCAAGCCUGGUGGUCUCUCCUCAUUCCUCCAAAUCAAUAAUCUUAAGGAUACUCCCAGUCCCUUAAAGAAGGAGCUUCGCCUUGCUACAAAUAAAUUGGUUGGGAUCCUCCAGGACAACUAUCCUGAAUUUGUUGCCAAAAACAUAUUCAUCAAUGUCCCUUUUUGGUUUUACGCCUUUACUGUUCUUCUAUCGCCUUUCUUAACCCAAAGAACCAAGAGCAAAUUUGUCUUCGCCCGCCCAGCUAGAGCUGCAGAAACCUUGCUCAAAUACAUUUCUGCGGCGGAAAUUCCGGUCUAUUAUGGUGGGCUUAAGCGGGAAAACGAUUCCGAGUUCUCCACUGAAGAUGCUGUCAUGGAGGUCAUUGCCAAGGCUGGAUCAACAGAAAGUAUUGAGAUUCCUGUAUUAGAGACUGGAACUAGUUUGAUCUGGGACCUGACUGUCUUGGGUUGGGAAGUGAGCUACAAGGAGGAAUUUGUACCCAUCCACGAGGGAUCAUACAGCAUCAUUGUUCAAAGGGAAAGGAAAAUGGGUGGGCGAGAGGGUCCAGUUCGCAACUCUUUCAAGAACAAUGAACCAGGAAAAGUAGUGCUCACCAUUGACAAUGUAUCAUUCAAGAAAAAGCGUGUUCUCUACCGAUACAAGAUCAACAACAACGCCUCAUCUUGAGCUUCUAUCAUACUUGCUCAAGUUAGAACCAGUG